AUGGCAACUAAAAAGCGUCUUGCUGCAUCUGUGGAAAAGAAAAGGGUGGAGUUAGAUGUGAAGCUAGAUGCCGUUGGAAUGAAACGUGAUCUAUUUCGACAAGCACUUACCGAUACACAAGAGGAUCUACAAAAGCAUGGUUAUAUGAAAGAGAUUUCUCGAUGGGAAAAUGAGUCCAUUGAGAAAAUCCGACAAGUGGCAGCUGAUACUCGACAAACAUUAUCGCAACAUCUUCUUGAACAUCAUACUAGAUUAGAUGAUAAACUGCACAAGUUGACAGAUAAGAUAAAACAAAGUCAAGAAGAAAAUGACUUCUUUGAAAUGGAUCUUGAUUACUGGAAUAGAGAGCUAGAUGAACUGAAAGAACAACUUCUCAAUGUACCAAAUAUUAUGAUUCAAAAAGAUAAUACACCAUUCAUUGCUAAAAUAAGUGUGAUGACACCAGCCGAGGAAAGCAAUAUCACACGUGGCAGUACAAGACAUAACGUAACUCAGAUGACCAAGGCCGAAAACUAUUCCACCACAUGCCCAUUCUGUGAAGAACCACUGACGUCAUUCUCAAAGCGAGACCAUGUACUAAUCUGCGGUAGAAAAACAGAUGAAUGUCCCAGAUGUCGAACAUUUGUUUCACGGGCAGUAUUUGGGCGCCACUACGCAAACGAUUGUGCUAAUCUGGAUGAAUAUUAA